AGCCGAUUCCUGCAAGCUUCAGUUUAUGUUUCUACUCUUCCAGCUAGCAUCCCAAAUUUGCCUACCUUUUCUCUAGAGGCAUGGCCACCGUUGCAUACGGUGGAGCUGCCAUCGGACUUAUCAACAAACCUUGCAACGCCCGGAAGCUUAUAAAGCACCCAUCUCCGUCUCCUUUUCUCGGCAAGAAGUUCAAACUCAAGCUCUCCUCGAAACCUGACAUCUCAAUUCCUAAAACGACUGGAGUUUUGUCCUUGAAAGCUGAACUGAUCGAUGCGGUCCGUGAGCUCUUUGUGGGAGUCGGGGUGGGUUUGCCAUGCACUGUCAUGGAGUGCGGUGAUAUUAUUUACAGAAGCACUUUGCCCAAGCCCGACGGGCUAACCCUAACCGUGCCUGGCGCUAUGUUGGCUUUGGGUGCUCUGUCUUAUCUGUGGGCGACUCCGGGUGUGGCUCCUGGUUUUUUCGACAUGUUUGUUCUUGCUUUUCUUGAGAGGCUGCUUAGACCAACUUUCAAGAAGGAUGAUUUUGUUUUGGGAAAGAAGCUGGGCGAGGGUGCUUUUGGCGUCGUCUAUAAAGUUUCCUUGGCUAAUAAGAAGCCUAAUUCAAAGAAAGAGGGUGACUUGGUUGUGAAAAAGGCUACUGAAUAUGGUGCGGUGGAAAUAUGGAUGAAUGAGCGUGUGCGAAGAGCUUGUGCCAACAGUUGUGCUGAUUUCCUAUAUGGCUUUCUUGAGGGUUCCUCAAAGAAAGGAGGAGAAUAUUGGCUUGUAUGGCGAUUCGAGGGGGAGGCAACACUUUCGGAUUUGAUGCAGAGCAAAGAGUUUCCCUACAAUGUAGAAACAAUGAUACUUGGGGAGGUCCAGAACUUGCCCAAGGGCUUGGCAAGGGAAAAUCAAAUCAUCCUAACUAUCAUGAGACAGAUCUUAUUUGCCUUGGAUGGCCUUCAUUCAACAGGAAUUGUGCACAGGGAUGUUAAGCCCCAGAACAUCAUUUUCUCAGAAGGCUCUUGUUCGUUUAAAAUCAUCGAUCUUGGAGCUGCGGCAGAUUUGAGAGUAGGCAUCAACUACAUUCCAAAGGAAUUUCUUUUGGAUCCAAGAUAUGCUGCGCCGGAGCAAUAUAUCAUGAGUACGCAAACUCCCUCUGCACCCUCUGCACCAGUGGCAACUGCACUUUCCCCUGUUCUAUGGCAGAUGAAUCUGCCCGAUCGGUUCGAUAUCUAUAGUGCUGGUCUCAUUUUCCUUCAAAUGGCAUUUCCAUCGUUAAGGACAGAUAGUGCAUUGAUUCAAUUCAACCGUCAGCUAAAGAGGUGUGACUAUGACUUGGUUGCAUGGAGGAAUACCGUAGAGCCUCGUGCGAGCCCCGAACUCCGGAAGGGAUUUGAGCUGCUGGAUUUAGACAAUGGGAUAGGUUGGGAACUUCUGACAUCGAUGAUUCGUUACAAAGCAAGACAAAGAAUUAGUGCAAAAGCGGCAUUGGCUCACCCUUACUUCGAUAGAGAAGGACUACUAGCUUUGUCAUCCGUACAGAAUUUGAAGCUACAAGUCUUCAGGGCUACACAACAGGAUUAUGGGGAAGCUGCCAAGUGGAUAAUCAAUUUAAUGGCGAAAUCCGGAACAGAGAAAGAGGGUGGUUUCACAGAAGCACAGCUUCAGGAGCUCAGAGAUAUACAGCCUAAGAAGAAGGCGAGUCCACAAAGAAAUGCUCUUGCUUCAGCUCUAAGACUCCAGAGGAAGAUUGUUCGAACAUUGAACGAGAGCAUGGACGAGCUUAGCAGACGCAGUAAAAGCCUAUGGUGGAGCAGGUGGAUCCCCAAGAGGAAUAGAGUUUGUAUGUCUACACACACAAACAUAUAUGUUUGAUUUCU